CACAAGACUUGUAAAGAAAGAGGAAGAUGGAGGUGCGGGAGAUAAAUAGAAUCGGACACAUAAAUCGCCAUUACGGAGGACACAAGAUGAAGGUCUGGCAGUGUGUGUUGUGGCUCUGCACAGUCACAUUGGAGGUCGCUCGCUCUCAGUCUCCAGAUCAGGAAGAACGGAUCAGAGAGGCCCUGGAUCUCUACAACCAGAGAGAGGAUGUCCUCUAUUUCUAUAAACCCCUGGAGGACCUUCCACCCAUACCUGUGCAGGAGGAAAGAAAGGACGAGAUCCUGAGAUUCGGAAUAAUGGAGACGAGGUGUGUGAAGUCGGGGGGAGGGGACGCGGCGCGGUGUGAAUAUAAAGCGGAUGGGGAAGUCAGAAUCUGUGAUCUGAACCUGACUGCACCCGGCAAAGAGAACCUGCAGUGUGACAUCAUAACCAAGAUUUUAAGGGUGAGACGCGCGACAGGAGGACCCCCCCGCAGACCCCCCCACAGACCCUGCGGCAGGCCACGCCUCCCAGGCUGUCUCUCCGUUAUUGGAUUUGCACCCGGCAUAGAUUGGGAGUAAUUCCUCCAAUGAAGAGAAGAGAAGAGAAUUCUAUGGAAGGUUCUCUAUGAAAUGUCACAUAAAGGAGUAAAAUAAAGAAUGAAAAUGA